CAUAAAAUGUGCAACCUAGGUUGUUAAAGCAACAGAGAGAGAGAGAGAGAGAGAGAGCAACCUUGCAAAAAUGUUAAAGCAAAAGUUCGUUUCCCAAUCUACUCCUUUCCUCGCACCUAUUCUCACAUACUUUCUUCUCAUUUUUUGGCACCAUGGAAUCAUUACAGUUGCUCAAAGCAAAAGCACAACGCGCAUCGGUGCGAUCAUCAAUGUUGAUUCCCGUAUUGGGAAAGAAGUAAUAACUGCAAUGGAAAUGGCUGUUCAAAGCUCCAACAGUAUCUCAGUGGAUCACAUGUUUUCUCUCCAUUAUCGACACCCUGGUAGCAACCCUCUCCAAACAGCUCAUGCCGCUGAAAAGCUUAUUAAACAGGAUAAAGUUCAAGUGAUCAUUGCCAUGGAGACAUGGAUAGAAACAUUGUUAGUAGCGGAGAUUUGCAACCAAGCUCAAGUGCCAAUUAUCUCAUUUGCGACAACUGGCAUUGCAUCAAUGGCACCAUUACAAUGGCCUUUCUUGGUACAGAUGGCAACCAAUGUUGCUGAACAAAUGAGAUUCAUUGCCGCAAUUUCCCAGUUCUUCCAAUGGCGACGUGCUAUAGUAAUUUAUGAAUUGGAUAGAUAUGGUGGUGAUUCUGGAAUGUUUGCUGCAUUAGCCGAUCAAAUUCAAAAUGUAAACUUGGAGAUUGAGCAUCGUUUGAUUGUUCCCCCAAUCUCUUCUCUGGCUGAUCCGAAAAGACUUGUUCGUGAAGAGCUAGCCAAGUUAACGAGCAAACAAUCCAGGGUUUUCAUCAUCCUUCAGUCAUCUUUAUCAUUGACGAUACAUUUGUUCAAAGAAGCAAAGAGGAUGGGACUUAUGGGAAAAGAUUAAGUAUGGAUAGUUACAGACAU